UUUACAUUAUUAUACAGUAUCAAUUGUAUUACUAUUUAAUAAGUAAAAUCUUUUAAUGCGUAAUUAGUUGUCGAUUAUACUGCAAAUAUUUAUACAGAUGUUUGACGUCUAGUAACGCGUGGAUAUUUCAACAAACACGCCUAAAACAUAUAGCGAAAUGUUAAUAAAACCAUGGUUGUUUUAUUAAUAAGACAGUCUAUAUAUUUUUUGAUGGAAUAAUGUUGUGCAGGUUCCGCUAAAGUGUAAGAAAUUCCAUCAACAUGAAUUUCUUUGUUAUAAUUUUGAUGUUAAAUGUGCACGUCCAAGCAGGAUCUAUAUUCGGCGAGUUUCGUGAUAUUAUGUCUUCAUUGGAAAAUAGUUUUCAGAAGAUGAUAACUGAAGUCGUUACUGAUGUAAGAGACACAAUUGACUGUACAGUGGAAGCAGUUGAAGGUGCUUUAUCACUCGGAUCUACUAUUUCUAAUCCUAAAUGUAGGGGAGCUAUAAGACAAUAUCAAGAUAAAAAUGGUAAUAGAAAAGGUAUGUCAUUGAAUAUUCGAACCGAUACUUCGUUUCAUGGUAUCCAUUAUAAUGAUAAUUACAGGAAAGAUAUUCCUAAACCAAAUACAUACGAAGAAGAUAAGAAAUAUAAAUUUAAAAAUAAUGAUGAUCGCUUAGAAAAUAUUGAAAGAUUUCUUAAAGAUGAAUUUGAAAAAAUGUCAGCAAAUAUGCGAAUGCAAUUCAAAGAAAUAGAGUCUGAAGAAAAGUCAGCAUCAGAUGCUAUAAUAAAGUAUAUUAAUAUUUUACAUAAUAUGAAGCAUAAUAGUAAAAGUGAUACUGAAAUAAAUGAAGCGAAACGAAUAUUGGACGGUGCUUCAAAGAUUUUAAAUGUAAAUGUUAAAAAUGGUGACACGGACGAUGCAAAGGUCAAUAAAAUAUUAACAACUUUAGAACAAGGGUCACAACACGAAAAAGUUAUGCAAAACACAUUGUCUAAGAUAGCAGAAAAUAAAUUCACAAAUGAUAGACAGAAUAAUUCACAUUUAUUACCGGAAACUUUUAAAGAGAUAUUUAACAAGUUAAGUCCAUCUCAUGUUAAAGAUAAUACGGAAGAAAGGAACCAUGAAAUUAAAGAUGUGAAAAGUUCCCCAUUUCAUGGUAUAGACUUGUCUCACCAUAGCAUAGAAAACGUUGAACCAAUAGAUUACGAUUCACUAUUUGGUGGUGGUAGUCAUAGUGAAUCAAAUAACGACGCAUUGGACGACGCUACUAAAAUACUAGAAGAUAGUAAAAGGAGUAGUUCUAUUUUAAGUAACCUUUUUGCACAAGCUGUUCAAGCAGGUAGCAGCAUCUUUGAUAAUCCUGAACCAUUUUAGUUAUAAACUUUCCAAUAUAUUACAUUUUUUUUAGUACCCAAAUAUACUUUUUAGUUGAGACACGACACGAAUGCGUGAUUUUAUUUUCAUUA